GCUGCUACUGGCAUGGGUUGUUCCUCUGGUUCAGCUGCAGUUUGAGUCGCCUUGCUGCCUGUUGCUCUGCUUUCCUCUCCUUCCCCGGGUAUGCUGUCAGACACACAAGCAGUGUCUGACAAGUGUCAGCAAGUUGCAUAACUUUGCACUUCUCUGGAGCUGUCACAGCAUUUUUUUUCAAAUAUUUUGCCACUUUUUCAAGGUCCUCUAUUUUUCAGGGGUGAACUUCCAAAUCUCUGGAGCAGCAUACUCCUUUAAAAGCUGGCUUAUUUUCUCCGCCAUCCUGUACUACUCAUGACUGUUCAGCUCCAGGGCAGUUCACUGAACAACUUCCCUAAAUGUGUCUAUGCUGACUCAAAACAUUGUGUAGACUUAAUUUAUUCUAAAUUUAACUUAUUCUAGACUGCACUAGAAGAAAUUUGGCAGACAUUGCAAUUUGAAUACCUUUAACAUCCCCAUGGAAUUCAAGAUUCCCAAAAACUGUUGUAAGAGGCCCAAAGGAGGAAAAAGGGGUGAAAGGCUGAGAAAAAUCAUUGUUCUCUGGCCCCUCUACGGACUGGGUACUAUUAUUAAUGAAUCCUCAGAGGUAGCAGCUUAGGCCAGGAUAGGUGAACAGCACUGAACACACAUCCCAGACGACCUUUAUUGCCAUUAAUGUUGUCAUGUCACACAGUACAGCAACAAAGCAAUCCUGAUCCUUCUCCGUACUCCGUAAAAAUAGCAUCAUGGGGAGCAUGUAUAGGAAUAUAUGCAGGGUUAAAUAUCACACCUCCAUGAACAAAUAGAGCAGCUGUAACUAGAGAGUUCUGUACCUAAUAAGACAGAUUCUUAGAUCAAAGUUUUCUCAACCCUUUUGUGGCUCACAGUGGGCACCAGUGAAUGUAGUGAUUUGACCCCAGCCACAAAUUAAACUCCAAAUAAGCCUCUCCCCUUCUUCCUGACCAAGGCAGAGACUAUGGGUUGAGAUCACAAUUUAGUGAAAGCGAACAGCAGUGGAAUAAGAAAUGCACAGUAAUAGCAGCAAUAUUAGUGACAAAAGUAUACAAGAAGAGAAGGUACAUUAUAGAAGAAAAAAGGGGUUCACCACCUCUAUGUAGUUCUCUUUGGCAGCUAGGACAAGGACAAGAUGGCAGGCACUCCCCACAGUUGGCUCUCCCUGUCCUGCAGGCCUGAGAUAAUGGAAAACAAUGACAGACCCCUGAAACCAAGAUCAUUCACAUCGUGCUAUGCUACUGCUUUGUUCCCCAUGGCUGAUUCCCACCCCAGUGCUUCUGCUUUUGCCCUUCUCACUCUGCCAGAGCUCGGUUCCCAGCAGCACCAGGGCUUUUAACUGCUCCGCUGGGCUCAGCUGUGUUUUGCACCCAGAGCUGCACUCUCCUGAGGGACAGGAAUGGAUCAGGAGUGGCAAGAGCGAGCAGGGUCCACUCAGCUGAUUCCAGCAACCUCUGUGAGGAAGAGAGUACUGUAAUUGAAAGAGCAUCUUCUACAUUUGAAGAACAAGUUGUUGAUUGAAUGGUGGAUUAAUAAGUGGUUGUCUCAUCCUAAGACUAAAAAGAAGUUGGAAAGAACUGGAUUUUCACCCUAGUCCAGCAGCUUUGCUGCUCACUUAAACACAGAUGAAUGAAGACCCCAUUUGGAAAAUCACCAGGUCAGCGGUCCAGAGCUGAUGCAGGUCAUGCAGGAGUGUCUGCCAGCAUGAUGAAGAAAAGAACAUCCCACAAAAAACAUAGAAACAAUGUGGGACCAAGCAAACCUAUUUCUCAGCCACGAAGAAAUAUUGUAGGCUGCAGGAUACAGCAUGGAUGGAAAGAAGGAAGUGGACCUGUAACACAAUGGAAGGGCACAGUUCUUGAUCAAGUUCCUGUAAAUCCCUCUCUCUAUCUCAUAAAGUAUGAUGGAUUUGAUUGUGUGUAUGGACUAGAACUUCACAAAGAUGAAAGAGUUUCAGCACUUGAAGUUCUUCCAGACAGAGUUGCUUCGUCUCGAAUUAGUGAUGCCCACCUGGCAGACACAAUGAUUGGUAAAGCCGUGGAACAUAUGUUUGAGACAGAGGAUGGCUCAAAAGAUGAAUGGAGGGGGAUGGUUUUGGCUCGAGCUCCUAUUAUGAACACAUGGUUUUAUAUUACCUAUGAGAAAGAUCCCGUCUUGUACAUGUACCAGCUCUUAGAUGAUUAUAAAGAAGGUGACCUUCGCAUUAUGCCUGAUUCAAAUGAUUCACCUCCUGCAGAACGGGAACCAGGUGAAGUUGUGGACAGCCUGGUAGGCAAACAAGUGGAAUAUGCCAAAGAAGAUGGCUCGAAAAGGACUGGCAUGGUCAUUCAUCAAGUUGAAGCCAAACCAUCUGUCUAUUUCAUCAAGUUUGAUGAUGAUUUCCAUAUUUAUGUCUACGAUUUGGUGAAGACAUCCUAGACGUCAUCAUGAACUUUUGCCAAAUUUGUGGAACUAUUAAAUGUAAAAUUUGUAGACACAAAGACUUGACUGCUUUCCAGUUUAACGAAAGCUUAAAUGUCCCUGCGAACCCACAAUCUCUGCCAGCAAAACUGUUUUGUUCUGAGUAAUACAAACAUGACACAUUUUGUGUAAGAGAACUCCUUUUCUUGAAGGAAGUCAGUAUGUUUGGGCAGGAGGGAGUUAAAAGCAAAGAACAGCUGCAAAUUCAAGCUGUGUAAAGUUGAUCUAGUAUUGUAAUCAUUAAUCUAAAUUUUUUCAUAGAUUCUGACUUUUUCUUCAAUCUUGCACUCACUUGUUCAACUGCCACAUGCAAGUGUAGUUUGAUAUUUUGAUAUGCCUUCUUUUGUAACAUUAAAUUUAAUUUCUUGGAUACUGGCAGUCCUUGUCUUCAGGGUUGGGACAGAGGUGACUUUUCUGAAAGGUUUAAACAGUUUGUGCAGUAUCAAGGAGUGCCUAACCCAAGUAACAUCAAUCUGCUGUGUUUCUACACUUUAUUUCAAAUUUAGCUUUUUAAGAACUUGCAGUGCGUGGAAAUGCUUGUGCAUUUUUUACUAGUCACAGGGCAGUAGGAUAUCAAGUGUUUGGAUUACGCACCUUUCAAUGAAAAGGCUUUAAACUAUAAAAUUACAUUUAAUCUGUAUAACCACUUAAUUAGAAUAUGCAGGUUAAUGGCCCAUAUUUACAAGUUGUAGGAACCAGUAAAAUACAUGCAACAAGGCUGCCUUCAAUCCUAAAUGUUGUACUUCUUUCUUUGUUUGUUAUACACACUUCUUAGCAAAACCCAAGUGCUUGGUGCCACAACUCUAACAGUAUAUAUGCUACUUCAGAAGACUUUCGACUACACAUUGGCAUCAGUAGUCUCUCAUUUAAAAUCAAAACCUAGCAACCUGAAUGUUUGUGUGUGGACUUAGACGCCUAACAGUAGUUAAUAUUUUUCAUGGUAAAUACACUCUCACACCAGGGGAGUGGGAGGGGGUGUCCUUUUACAGUGAAGAUGUAACUUUAGAGAAGGAGAAGCAUUUGUUGCCUUCUGCUUAGUCUGUUGCAUUCCUUUGUUUUGGUUUGCUUUUAAUAAUUUUGGUUCAAGAAGGCAUCUUCCCAGUUUAUUCUUUUUCUGGCUUUUCCACUUAAGGAGUGUCUGGACAAAUCUACAGUUUAAACCUGUUGUUGCCUUUUGUGGUGUACAUUGUACUUGCUUUGAGGUAUGCUGUUAACAUUAAUUUCAUUCUACGAACACUAGAGUUCUGCAUGCCAGUGGUGUACUAUCUAAUGGAAGCUAUAAGGCAGUCUCAGUGGUUCAGUCAUCUGCAUUAGAUUGUGGAUGUAAAUAGCAGCCCACAACUGCAAAAUCUUUUCAUGGUUAUAAUCUUGCAAGAUAGUUGUAAAUGAAAAUUAGGGUUUCCUUAAGUGUGGCAGCUUUUAAAAAUAGUGGAAUUGGAACAACAAUGCAGCACAGCAACAAGGUUGUCAUGUUACAGUAAGGCAGAGCUCUGCAAGUUUCAAGAACUGCUUCACAGAAGUACAGAAUGUGAAGACAGUUAACACUGUUGAUGGAAGGAACAAAUACCCUGAUAUCCAGCUGUGUGCCAUUAGUGGAAGAAUGCAGGAGCUGUUAAUCAGAGGACAGAGGUACAGAUGACCUCUGUUGUGGGUAUUCCUGAUAUUGAAGACUCAGUGGUUUAAGCCCCUUUCUGUCCAUUUUCUUUUGCCUGAUUUCAUAUUUUAGCCUUAAGGCUUGUGCCUCAUUAUGCUGUUGAAUGGUAAUAAAUACUCUCCGUAUAAAUAUGAUACCUUAAUUCUUUGUCCAUUGCUACUAUAUUGCAUUAUGUCCAGUAUUUCAUCAUGGGCAACCAAAGGCAGGCUAUUGUCUUUCAGUGAAUAGCUUCUCGAUGCAGUCCUUAUGCAGUAAGUACCUGAGUCGUAAAUGUUUCUUGUGUUUGAACAAAGUGAGCAGAUUUGCAACACAGUGUUUUCAUCCUGCAGAUCUGUUGUGUUUUCUAUUGACUCUUAAGAGUCCUGCAUGUAAAUCUCAAAGCUGAGCCUGGCUCCAUGAGCCCAAGUCGAUAUUUGUGGCACAGGAAUGAGUGAGUGUAUUAAUUACACAUGGGAUACAUGGAUUACCUAGUACACCGAGCUUGGGGCUGUAUAUCUGAGGAAUAAGAGGUUUGUUUUGAAAUAUCUGAGGUUUAGGUCUACUGGAACACUUUUAGCAUUAGGCUUGCAUUUGUGGGUUUUCUGCAAGCCUGUUGAAUACACUAUGUAUUCUGACAAUUAGAGUAUAAUCUACAAACUGUAAAUUUCACUGUCAUUUUUGGAUGUCCCCGUUUGUCUGUUGUGUGGAUAUUUCCACUUGGAGUUUUUUUGGGGAUUUUUUUGUUUUGCUUUGGUUUUUUUUGGGUUUGGUUUUCUUUGAUAGCUUAAACCACAGUUUUUGAGGCUUGAGACUAAUUCCACUCCCUGCCCAUCUGCUUUGGGCUUUGUUUUAGGCUCAUGUUUCAGAUCUGCAUGCAGUGCUUGCGUUACCCUGGUAACUAAAUGUUGGUUCCUUGUUAUAGGGGUUCAACAUUACUUCCCAAAAUCACAUAGGGCUUGUGAUGGCACAAGUCAUGGAUCUUUGUAUAAAAGUUAUUCACCCUUCACAUUUACCAGCUGUAGUAUUGUUGUAUAUUGUGUGUGUGCGUGUGUGUGAUGUCAGGCUGCCAUGUAAAACUUAAAAGGGAAAAAAAAACCAACUUAAAUGCAGACCAUCCUUUUUUGCAUGCUUAGAGGGUUAGAACAUUCAAUGUAACAAACUAAAGUUGCAUGUUAAAAUGUUUAGGUUUUUGUUUUAUUCUGUUUUUUAUUUUGUGUUCAGUUUUUUGUGAAUUUGCUUAUUGUGCUGUUUUGAUGGUUGUUAGUAGGAUUAAAUGCACUGGUGAGACGAGCAUAGUGCCAACGGAAGGUAAUUUUCCAGUUGUAUGUGUCAUACAGCAUUUGAAGGGACCAUGUAUUCUGUUGAAAAAAAAAAUAAAAUUUCAGUUGAAUAGCAGAA